AUGCAUAUCAUCAAUAUUCUUACCACGGCAUUUCUUCCAGCUGCUUUGGUGUGCGCAGCACCAGGUGCUGAUCUUGAUAUAUCUAUUCGAGACGCUUCAUGCCCCGGUGAUCAGGCAUGGUGUGGUUGGACGAAGUCGUAUGCCGAGAACAAGUAUCGUUGGAACGAUGGUCAUAAAAUCUUUUGCAGCAAACAUGAAGACAUACCAAAGAAGCUGAAGGAGAAAUGUCCUAACGACCAUCCGGCAUGCAAGCCGACGCAGGUCUGGGACGGCGACUCGAAGAGUUCCAAGUGCCCCAACGGCAAGGUCUGGCACGUCGAAACAUGCAAACACCCGCUCAUGCCCAAGUCUUCCUACUCUGGCAAGGAGAAGCCUUGCUGUGCCAAGAUUAAAAACGAUUGGUGUGCAUAUGCGCCUGGCAAAGAGCAAAAGUACUGUGAGCAAUAUUGGAAUUAA